GAUCUCUACGACGCGGCAGCUGUUGCAGCUCAGCAACAACAGGCCAUGGCGGCAAUGGCAGCUGCAGCAGCUGCACUAUAUCCCAAUACCGGUCAAUCAGUUGCAGCGGCCGCUGCAGCAAGUGAUUUCUAUGCUCUGGCAGCCGCUGCCGCAGGAGCCGCUGGUGGCUCUGCGGGUUCUAUCUCAGUAGGCAGGAAACAAGGCGGAUAUGGGGCGGUAGGGGGUGGUGGAGGUCGGACACGUUCUCCCGGGAUGCAAGGUGACCGUUACUCAAAUUUGCGCUUCUACAAUGGUUCUUCUGGCCCGGGGGCAGGUCGUCGUAGAGGUUCUUAUGGCACUGGAGACAGGUAG